AUGGCAUCAUCUUUGUCUCGUAGUAGGAUGUUAAAUCUCGGCUCCGAGGAUGGUUCAUUACUGCGAUAUCAGUCUAUUCACGUUUCAGAGCAUAUUUGGAAUGGUCGUGAACACCCAAUAUUGAGAGUGAGAAGAGGUCAUUUCGUACAUGCUGGCAUGGAGGGAGUGCCAGUAGAGAUUAUUCCUCAUUUGACAGUAGUAGGAUUUGCUGGAGUAGCACAGUUGGCUAGUAUUCCUAUUGACUGCCAAUUGAUUACAGCGUUGGUAGAAAGAUGGAAGCCAGAGACCUAUACCUUUCACAUGCCUCCUGGAGAGUGUACUAUUACUCUUCAAGAUAUUGCUAUUCAGAUGGGUCUUCGUAUUGAUGGAAGACCAGUUAUUGCCCCUACAGGAGGUGACAGGGGACAAAUCGUUGAAGAUUUAUUGGGAAUUAGACCACCUAGUUCUGCAUUUAUGGGGAGCAACUUGAAACUUACUUGGUUGGAUGACCAUUUUCCCCAUGUUGGGUUGCACAAUCAAAAUUCUAUUCAGCUAACCCACUUUGCUAGAGCUUAUAUUUUGAGACUUAAUUGGUAG